AGUACAUGGUCAAAGCACCUUAACUCAGUAGGAUCCGUUGUUACCGAUGAUUUAAACGAUAUGAGACCAACUGUUCGUUGUGUUUACGGGUUGAUUCGCAGUUUAUCACAACCAAAUCUGUCACCUCAGACAACUGCGCCUAGUAUACUGAAUGUUAGCGUAACCAGUGCGCACAACGUGGGACUGGUGAACAGAUUUCACAGCAACAGCAAACAUCUAAUCUCAAGAAAACUGAUGCGAAAUGGCGAGGAGAGGAAAUCUGUGAUUUGCAUUGAAGGGAACAUAGCCAGUGGAAAGACAACAUGCCUGGAGUACUUCAGCAAAACCUGCAACACUGAGGUGCUAACAGAGCCAAUUUCGAAAUGGAGAAAUGUCCAAGGUCACAACCCCCUGGCGUUGAUGUAUCAGGACCCCACACGAUGGGGUCUUACCUUACAGACAUAUGUCCAACUGACCAUGCUGGAUCGACACCUCGCAACAUCAUCUGCCCCAGUCAGAAUGCUGGAGCGAUCAAUCUAUAGUGCCAAGUACAUUUUUGUGGAAAAUCUCUACAAAAGUGGGAAGAUGCCAGAGGUGGACUUUGCUGUUCUGAGUGAAUGGUUUGAGUGGAUCAUACAGCACAUUCACAUUCCCGUGGACCUUAUCGUUUACUUACAGACGUCCCCACAGACCUGCUAUGAGAGACUAAAGCAGAGGUGCAGAGAAGAGGAGAAACUCAUCCCCAUUGAAUAUCUGGAAGCCAUCCAUCAGUUAUAUGAGGACUGGCUAAUAAAACGGACCUCUUUUGAAGUUCCUGCUCCGGUUCUUGUCAUCUCAGCGGAUCACGAUCUUCAGAAGAUGCUUCAUCAGUAUGAGGAGAACAGAGAAAGGAUUUUAACUGCACGCAGUACAAGUUAGGGAGAGACAUACUGAUAUCCUGGCUGUGCAUUGUGUAUACUGUAAACGUGGUAUUAGCCUUACACAGACUAAUGUCACUGGCAGAAAAACUUUCACUCUGAAUGCACACAAUACCUUGACUCUGAUACUCAUUGAUUUAGUUGACUGUAUACUCUAUUCAUAUAUAUUAGCACCUAAUGUUAAGAUUUUGCUGCUUGUUAUUUUAUUUUUGUUUUUUUUAAUACAUUAUGUUACAAGUAAUCUGGUUCUUCUUAAUACACCAAGGAAAACACAGUCAAACUUAGCUUCUCUGGAUCCUGGAGGCAUUCCAUAGGUUUCACUCUGCAAUUUUACAGGACAGUGGAACAGUCAUAUAGUUUACAGUUAAAACUACUGUUUUGAACAUAGGUUGGGGCCACAUCUGUCUACUUUGUCCCAUUCAGACAGUAAUUUCCACUUGAAAUUUGUGAUUUUCUGAUUCACCAAAUUACCUCUUAAAAUCAAAACAAAGAGCUGUGGCUGAGAAACUGGUGUACAAGAAAACCAGUAUGCUUUUCUACAGCCAAAUACAUAUUUACGUAUUGUUUUUUAUUGAUUGUUAUUAUUCAUUCAUGAAAAUGUUUGAAUUUUUAAUGGCACUUGUAUUUUGAGGACCAUGUGACAUGGCAAAAGACUGGUUUGGCAAGAUGAUGGGUGUAUUUGUGUUGAACUUGAGGUUCUUAAUUUCAUGUUACAAAUGUCAUUUGUAUUCAUUGUUUAGUUAUGAUUUUAAUAAAUGGGAUGUCCAAUGUAAUCCAAAGUGGAGACAUGAAUAAAAUCACGUAUCCCAUUACAGCCUUAUGUUGUCUUGGAAGAACAAUGUUUCCUCAAAGAUUGAUAGUCAUCCAAAAAUGCCACAAAACAAUCACAUUUUAGUAUCAAUAAUUCUUACAUAAAGCACU